CCAAUGAAGGGACAAAAUGAGUCGAAGAAGAACGAGUUCGUAUAAUUUUCAAUCAGCCCCGAAUGACAAUGGUGAAGCGUGAGUGAAGCCGUUUCACACCCUCGCAAAGACUGCUGCUGAACCCCGUCCGAAAUAGUGCUCAACUAACGUGUUACUUCAGCUUGCUCGUUCACAUGUGGCGGGACCGCUCAUUUGCUUGUUGAGUCGUGUUCUCUCGUAACUGUAAAUUGAAUAUUUCGUCGACAGGUCCCUUUUCAAGUUCAAUGAGAACUCAUUCACUGAUUCAGCAAUUUUGUUGGUGAGUUUCAGCUAUGUCAAUGCGUCAUGUGUGUACGACGUGAGGCCAGGCGAUCUGUGAGCGCCUCUGCGGAAGCGACUGGGAGAUGAACCAACCACGAACGGCCACCAAUCCAGUCCGUGCCGGUAAGAACCCCGCUGUUCGUCAGUCCUCGGUCCAGAACGGCGCGUCGCGGACUCACCGAAGAGAUGGCUCGUUUCAUCGGCAAGGCAGCAACGGCAGUGUCGGUGUGUCCGCCAAUGUUUCUGCGGCUGCUGCUGUCGCUGCCAGCCGAGGUACAAGUACCGGUACAAGUAGUAGUAGUAGUGGGGUUGAGAAGAGUGCGUGGACGCCACUAAACCACGCUGCUACCAAUCAACAGUUGUUCACAGAGCGCAUGGCUCUACUACGCAAUUGGUUUACUAACUGGAGCGAUGGACAGCGUGAGAUCUGCCUAUCCACUCUCAUACCAAUGUUCAACGCACAUCAAGUAACCUACAUCAAUGCAGCGGUGGAGAGGCAAAGGUCCGAUCGCGUCGAUUUCACGCGAGUUCUUCCGCGUUGCAUCUCAAUCUAUAUCUUUUCGUUCCUGGAUCCACGAAGCUUGUGCAGGUGUUGCUCAGUAUGCUGGUAUUGGAAGCUGCUGUGCGACAUGGACGCACUGUGGGCUCCGAAGUGCGCGCGCUUCUCCUGGCAGCUGCCCUACCAGCCCAGCGAGUUUGAACAGGGAGCGUGGAAGCGACUGUACGUCAUGAAGGUCGACACUCUGCGGUUGACAGCGGCGGCAAAGAAGGCAGCGGAAGAGGAAGAAGCUGCAGCCAAGGCGGCGGCACGGAGGAGAAAAGAGCAGGCGAAGAGUAGAAGGGCGGCGUCACUAGUGCAACCGCCAGCUAAGCCACCUAUCUGGCGUGACCCGGACCCUAAGCCGGCCGACUUGGAAAAGCUGUCCAGGCGGCUGCACAAGGACCCUAAACUGUCGCGGACUGGAGAUCACUCGCCGUCGCAAGCACCGUGCAUUCCUGGCCAGACCGCGGCCGUCGGACAGGCAGCCAGCGACACGAACAAAGCGCUGAUGAAGUCGGGACCCGUCGACUUGGCGGCCAUCUCGCAACCGACUAAGGCCAGCACUUACCGACGGUACAACGCAAAAGACGACAUAUCGUUCUACGGCAAGACGCUUGAACCACGCCGAGGCAGCAAAGCAGGGGCUACAACCACUGCACAGGACCGGCUCAAGACAUUCAAGCGCAUCGAAAAGCACCGUCAAGCCGUGGUGGAAGCCGUGAAGAAGAAAGAGCACGCCUCGCCGGGACCCGUGGAAGCCGUUAUGGAUCAACCUGAAGCUGGUAGAUCCCCAGAUGCAGGGAGCGAAGCACUCGUAGAUGGUGACGAGACCGCUGACCCUGCCACAGAGUAACAACAAGCGUGUUUGUACGUUUAAGUACAAUGCACACACAACACAAGCCUUUACUGCAAACUAACUUGUGCGCUAUGCAAAUAUUACACGUGACUGAAUACAUAAUAUCUUGAUGCUGCUACUCGUUUCAAAGUAGGGCGCCGUUACUAUUAGCAGAAAGUGCGAAUGAGAUAUCCCGCUUGUUGACUGAUUCCACCACGAUUUGAUGUUGAGAAGGAGUCUCUUUUUGGCAUAGCCUUCCCUUUUAUUGCAGACACUUCAACUUGCAGAGGAAUGAUAAACAACCCUUUGCAGUGGACAGUUUUGCUAUGAUUACAUUUAUAAUUAAAGCGAAAAGAUAAUGUUCUAGAUUUGGUCCCGGUAUUUUACGACUUCAUGGUUCCGGGUAGCUAAACUGGGAUCACAGGAGAUGCCCAGCAAACUAAGAAACAUUUCACGUUUCCUGUCAAGCAAUAUUGGAGACAAAUUCUAAA